AUGAACCGCAGAAACAGGCAUAAGGUUAGACCUGGGACAGUAGGGUUUUUUUCGCGCAAAGGGACGAAAACAGGCUCAAAAGCUACAGGCAGGCAGCGGUUAAGCUAUAUAGGCGUUGUGGCAGAAGAGAGAGUGGUUGAAAGAGGAUUGUUUAGCGAGGCAGCAAGGGGCGCUAGCUGCAUUUGGGGUUUUGGUGGAAUCGAACACCAUCCACCUCCAGCGGCUCUGCAAGCCAGAUUCUGUAAUAUACAUUAUGGUACUUGGCUGGCAUUGAGCGCUUGCCGGAUUUGGGUUUUUGAUGGAAUCGAACAGCACCCACCUCCAGCGCUAGGGUGGGUGGUAGUAGUGCGUGGAAACCGAGAUAGUCUACGAAAUAGUGAAUUAUCCCUCCGCAUUACGAUAGCAUAUGGGUUGAGCGUUGCUCAGGUAUUAUUAGGGAGAGAUGAUAGUAAGAUCUAUGAAAUGAUUAGCGUAGCCACAGUAGAAGAAGGAGGGGGAGGGAGAGGGGGUGGAAGGAAGAGGAGGGGGGGUUUCGGUAUAAGUACCGGUAUGUAUCGCUAA